CUCCUUUCUCCAACAGUUAUCUCUUGAUGCCUAUGUCUUGUUUCUUUUCUGUGUAGUCCCUAUGGCACCAGCAGUAGCCAUCUGGAUGUUCUAGUUUGGCCUCUAGCCUGACGCGCUGUCUUCGAUGUCUUCGAAAAAAAUGACUCUUAGCUACCCUGACCAACUUAUCUUGGUUUCCGACCCUUCGACUUGCUUCGACGGCAUCAACUUCCUUUAUUCCAUCCCCUCAUUUACACGUCUCUCCCUGUGAUUCUCCUUUGAUCAUCUUGUACUAGGGACCUUCGCAUAUCUCGUCAUGGCGGAUAACAGCGAUCGAAUGUUCUGCCAUGCUUGUGGCGGGGUAUGGCUUAGAAAUGACCAUGGGCUGACAUGCCCUCACUGUCAGUCCGAUUUUACAGAGAUCAUUGAAAUCCCUCCAGAUACUACUCCAGAGCCGUCCUCCCAUGUCGAUAGACCGUCUCGGGUGGGGAUUAAUCCUUGGGAAGAUCAGAACCCCUGGGCAGAAGAAGGCCCCGCUGAUACCGAUAGAUUUCUGGGCGGUCCUGGUUUCUCUCGUCAUACGUACAGAUCUCCUGAUGGCCGGUUCACCUUUUCAACUACAACAUAUUCCGGCGGCUUUCCUGGGGGCUUCUUGGGCCAACCCACAAGUCCUGGAGGCCCUCUACCUGAAGAUCCCUUGAUGCCGGUGAUGCGAAGUUUGGACACGAUUUUCAAUGGUUUAGCGAAUACCUAUCGUCAGCAGGGCGGUGGAGAAACUCGAGCGGCGAGCGAGGGCCCUCAGAAUCAGGGGGACGAGAGCCGUGAGGGGACUCCAGCAUUUGCUGCCACAGGAAGGUUAUUCCCGCGUGAUGCGGAAGGACCGCAACCCAUGAACCGAUCUGUGGAUAGCCUGAACGAUAUUCUUGAACUCUUCCGGACUGAUUUUGGUGGACCUGGCAGGCCAGCUGGAGGUGGUGGGGUUCGAGUCAUGACUGGACCGAACCCUCUUGCGAUCCUUUCGAGUCUCUUAAAUUUUGACCGGCAGGGUGAUGCAGUCUAUUCUCAAGAAGAAUUUGACCGCAUAAUAUCCCAGUUGAUCGAACAGAACGUCAAUGGGAAUGCCCCGCCUCCAGCUCCGGAAAAUGCAAUCCGAGCCCUGCCGAAGAAGACCGUUGAACCGGAAAUGCUGGGCCCUGAAGGCAAGGCGGAAUGCUCAAUCUGCAUGGAUCCUGUUGAAUUGGGCUCUGAAGUGACGGUUCUUCCUUGCAAGCAUUGGUUCCAUGGCAAUUGCAUUGAAAUGUGGCUUAGCCAACAUAACACUUGCCCUCAUUGCCGGCGGCCUAUCAAUGAUUCUUCAAGGCCUGACAGAAUGCGACCCGAAGGGACUAGUGAGAAUCCUGUUGUAAUCAAUGACAGCCCUGAAAGAACUCCUCGCCGUCGUUCCAGCGCCGCAAUGAACAAUUUUGGUACUGUAGCCUCUCCGUCCGAUCUCAGAAGUCGAGCAUCUUCUGAUUCGGAAUCUGCUGGUCAGAGCUCGAGGAGCUCCAGCCGAAAUGAUUGGGGUAGUGGUAUCACCGGCUGGUUUAGGAACCACCUCGGAGGCGGGACAAGCUGAAAACUUACCAUUAGGCAUACCAGCUUCACCUUUUCAAGGGAACAGUUCCUCUCUUAACUCCUAUUGAAUUCUUACCAGGUCUGAUUUUUGACCGGCCUUGGUCCGUGUUUUCGGGUAUUCUUUUUUGGUGUGCAUACAAUUUUGUGCAUCUGUCUCUUCAUAGACGGAUAUACGUUCAAUGGGUGAUGAUCAUUCUUCAUAAUCCAUUUACUGUCGGACGCUUUUGCCCAUUACUCCGUUUUCAUCUUUCGGACACUCAUCUGGUUGACUGGUUUGUUUUUCUCUCGCAGGCUCUUGUUUAAUUUCCUGCGUCUCUUCCAUCCACUUGAUGUGUAUGUAAAGCCGAUUGAAUUGAAUGACUAAUGACAUAUUUCAGCCACUACCUGUUUUUAUUUCCUUACUCUGCUUUGUUUGCUGGGCAGUUUUCCAAAAUACGCCAUGACACUCUUAUGUACUUUUAUGAAAGUUCCCCAGGACCUUCUGUGACUAAUUACUAGGAAAUA